CCUUCUGCUGCCACGUCCUUGUUUGAAGGAGCCAAUGGGCGGGCUCAGUCAGGUGUCUCUUACCUGCACCACGUGGGGAGGGAGGGUGAGCAGGUAGAGCCACAUCCCAAAACAGAGACGCUCGCAGCCAUUGCGUGCCUCCUAGGGGCGCUGCCCUGGUUUGCCUCUGAACGGGUUCCCAAGCAGUCAGCUACAAAACGGGGACGCCGCACACGCCUCCCCUCCUGAGCAGGUCUCCGGGGAGUGGUGGUGGGUGGGGGAGAGCUAAGUGGCUGCAGGUGUGCGCGGGUGGGGAGGGGCGAGUUUCUUCCUUUACACUCCCGGGGUGGUGUGUGUGUGGCAGGGUCUUCUCGGUAAAAUUGGGGCAGGAAUCUAGUUUCUUGCUCUCUCCCGGCGAUCAUCAUGACUGCGUCUCUUGACUACCUGGUGAUCUUGUUCGGGACGACUGCUGGUGCUCAGGGGGCUAAGCUGGGAUCCGAUGAGAAAGAGCUGGUCCAGCUGCUGUGGAAAGUGGUGGAUCUGGCCCGCAAGAAGGCGGGGAGCCUGCAUGAAGUGCUGGUCAGACCGGAGCACUUGGACCUGACCGAGGAAUGCAAAGAAACAACCAAGCUGGAGGUGGAGAGCCUGGCGCGAGCCCCGCAGCUGGAACAAGCCCUGCAACAGUUUAACCAGUCUGUGAGCAAUGAACUGAAUAUUGGUGUAGGUACUUCCUUCUGUCUCUGUACUGAUGGACAGCUUCACAUCAGACAGCUUCUGCAUCCUGAGGCUUCCAAAAAGAAUAUCUUAUUGCCUGAAUGCUUCUACUCCUUUUUUGACUUGAGGAAAGAGUUCAAGAAAUGUUGCCCUGACUCAUCUGAUGUUGACAAACUGGAUGUUGCUGCCAUGACAGAAUAUUUAAAUCUUGAAAAGAGCAGUCCAGCAUGGUGUUUUGGAGCAUCUCAAGUGGAAGAUAUGGGCAAUAUUAUUUUAACACUAAUUUCUGAAGUAUACAAUCACAGAUUGGCAGAUCCAGAAAGAGUGAACUAUAAAUUUGAAAGUGGUACCUGCAGCAAGAUGGAACUCGUAGAUGAUAAUACCAUAAUCAGAGCAAGAGGCUUACCGUGGCAGUCAUCUGACCAGGACAUCGCAAGAUUCUUCAAAGGCCUAAAUAUUGCCAAGGGAGGUGCUGCACUUUGUCUCAAUGUACAAGGAAGGAGGAAUGGGGAAGCUCUCGUCAGGUUUGUAAGUGAAGAGCAUAGAGAGUUAGCACUACAAAGACACAAGCACCACAUGGGGAAUCGGUACAUUGAGGUGUACAAGGCAACAGGUGAAGAUUUCCUUAAAAUUGCAGGAGGUACUUCCAAUGAAGCAGCUCAGUUUUUAUCGAAAGAAAACCAGGUGAUUGUCCGGAUGCGAGGUCUUCCUUUCAAUGCAACAACAGAAGAAGUGCUGACGUUUUUUGGCCAGCACUGCCCAGUAACAGGAGGAAAGGAAGGAAUCCUGUUUGUCACGUACCCUGACAACAGGCCAACGGGAGAUGCCUUUGUGUUGUUUGCUUGUGAGGAAUAUGCACAAAAUGCACUAAAAAAACAUAAGGACUUGCUGGGUAAAAGGUACAUUGAACUCUUCAGGAGCACGGCAGCAGAGGUUCAGCAGGUGCUGAACAGGUACUCUUCUACACCUCUCGUUCCCCUUGCAGCACCGCCUGUCCUUCCCGUGUUACCUCAGCAAUUCAUGCCUCCGACCAAUGUCAGAGACUGCAUACGUCUGCGUGGUCUUCCCUAUGCUGCCACUAUAGAGGACAUCUUAGAAUUCUUGGGGGAGUUUUCUGCAGAUAUUCGGACCCAUGGGGUUCACAUGGUAUUAAAUCACCAGGGCCGUCCAUCAGGAGAUGCCUUUAUCCAGAUGAAAUCUGCAGACCGAGCUUUUUUGGCUGCACAGAAGUGUCAUAAGAAAACCAUGAAGGACAGAUACAUUGAAGUCUUUCAGUGUUCUGCAGAGGAGAUGAACUUUGUAUUAAUGGGGGGCACUUUAAAUCGAAAUGGCUUGUCCCCACCACCAUGUAAGUUACCAUGUCUUUCUCCUCCGUCCUACUCACUUCCAGCUCCUGCAGCAGUUAUUCCAACAGAAGCUGCCCUUUAUCAGCCCUCCAUGCUUUUGAAUCCACGAACGCUCCAGCCCUCCACAGCAUACUAUCCAGCUGGCGCUCAGCUCUUCAUGAACUACACGUACUAUCCCAGCAUGCAGCAGAGGAUGGACUUGUACACACAAAUGGCACGGCAAGGACAAUGCCCAAAGAAUGGAUUUGCAUUUAAAGGUCCCAGCAGUUAGACUUUCUUAGAAGAGACGAUUCCUCCUAGCUUUCUGAUGUUUGUGAACAAUUACAGCCAGACAAUUGGAGAUUGUUUGAUUACAUUCCUAGUUCUUCUUUCGGUCAAGCCAGCUGUUCACAAGAAAAAUCACCAGAACCUUGGAAAUCAUCAUAUUGACCUGUAUCUAAUUUUUAAAAUAUGAAAUACACAAUGUCCCAGAGACUCACAUACACACAUUCUCACUGGAACCACUGAGCCCUUCACUGAGAGCACAAGUUCAGAGAUCACGAGUCCUGAUUUUUUUUUUUUUUUUUUUUGUCUAUACAGAAAGUAUUAAAAUGCUUUUCACAUGAAUAGAAUUAUAGUUUAGAUUAAACUUUCUAGAUUCAGGACAUUAUCUUAAUAUACAAAGGUAUGUUUGAAACAUCCAAUAAGCCCAAGUUUUUUAUCUAAUUUGCACACAGUAUAACGUUUUUAUGUAUAUUAGGACCUUUAAUUAUGCAUUCAACAUUUUUAUAAAACAUUGUUUUCUUGUCUUGUACAUAUUUGAUUGUUCUGUGCAAAAAACCCUCUGUAUACUUUGACAGAUUCUAGCCAGGAUUACUUUACACAGUGCAGAAAUGGUUAUAAAUGUAAAAUGAUUACCUGAAAAUUACUGUAACUUUGUAAAAUACAUGAAGUGUGAAACGUUAAA